UUUCCAUGUUCUGAGUGUGAGAAAUGUUUUACACAGAAAUCAGAUCUUGUUAAACAUCAGAGAAGUCACACCGGUGAGAGGCCAUUUUCUUGCUCUGAGUGUGGGAAAUGUUUUAUCCAGAAAUCACAUCUUGUUAUACAUAACAGAAGUCACACAGGUGAGAAGCCAUUUUCUUGCUCUGAGUGUGCGAAGUGUUUUAUCCAGAAAUCACAUCUUGUUAUACAUCAGAGAAGUCACACAGGUGAGAGGCCAUUUCCAUGUUCUGAGUGUGGGAAAUGUUUUGCACGGAAAUCACAUCUUGUUGCACGUCAGCAAAGUCACAAAGAUGAGAAGCCAUUUCCAUGUUCUGAGUGUGGGAAAUGUUUUGCACGGAUAUCACAUCUUGUUACACAUCAGAGAAGUCACACAGGUGAGAAACCAUUUUCUUGCUCCGAGUGCGGGAAAUGUUUUACACAGAAAUCACAUCUUGUUAAGCAUCAGCGAAGUCACACAGGUGAGAAUACAUUUCCAUGUUCUGAGUGUGGGAAAUGUUUUACACAUAAAUCACAUCUUGUUACACAUCAGAGAAGUCACACAGGUGAGAAACCGUUUUCUUGCUCCGAGUGCGGGAAAUGUUUUACACAGAAAUCACAUCUUGUUAAUCAUCAGCGAAGUCACACAGGUGAGAAUACAUUUCCAUGUUCUGAGUGUGGGAAAUGUUUUACACAGAAAUCAGAUCUUAUUAAACAUCAGAAAACUCACACAGGUGAGAAGCCAUUUCCAUGUUCUGAGUGUGGGAAAUGUUUUGCACGCAAAGCAGAUCUUGUUAAACAUCAGAGAACUCACACAGGUGAGAAGCCAUUUUCUUGCUCUGAAUGCGGGAAAUGUUUUACACAGAAAUCAAAUCUUGUUAAACAUCAGCGAAGUCACACAGGUGAGAAUCCAUUUCCAUGUUCUGAGUGUGGAAAAUGUUUUGCAUACAAAUCAGAUCUUGUUAAACAUCAGAGAAGUCACACAGGUGAGAAGCCAUUUUCUUGCUCUGAGUGUGGGAAAUGUUUUACCUGGAAAUCACAACUUUAUACACAUCUUCGAAGUCACACAGGUGAGAAGCCAUUUCCAUACUCUGAGAAGUAAAUCAGCUCUUGUAGACAUCAGUCAGGUGAGAAACCAUUUUAAUCUUCUGGGGUAUACUUAUUGCCAUAUGAUGUUCUUCAAGAUUCUUAUCCUAUCUCCUAUGCUUUUUGCAAUAUACAUGCUACCGCAUGGUGAAAUAAUCAGACGUCAUGUACUCAUCUACCACUGCUAUGAAGAUGAUCUGUCUUUUGCUCAGGGUACUGAGAACCCAGUACCAAUCCUAAAUGGUUGUCUAGUUGAGCUCCAGGUGUGGGUGAUGCCAGUUGGCUGUGACUCAGUCCUGGUGAAACAGGUCUAUCAUAAGAUAGAAGCUCACCAACAAAGGGCAGGGCUACAGUUCAGCUUUGCAAACCAACCAGACUUACGCUUGGAGGUUCAGAGUUACAAAAUGCGGAUCAUGUGUGGAA